GUUAUUUUCAGUUUUACAGAAUUUUUGGAUCCAUUCCAGCGGGUUAUCCAGCCAGAAGAGAUCUGGCUGUAUAAAAAUCCUUUGGUGCAAUCAGACAACAUACCUACACGUCUUAUGUUUGCAAUUUCGUUCCUUACGCCACUAGCGGUCAUUUUUGUGGUGAAAAUAAUCCGUCGAACAGACAAGACUGAAAUUAAAGAGGCUUUCUUAGCUGUUUCCUUGGCUCUAGCACUGAACGGCGUCUGCACAAAUACUAUCAAAUUAAUAGUGGGAAGACCGCGUCCCGAUUUCUUUUACCGCUGCUUUCCAGAUGGAGUAAUGAACUCUGAAAUGCACUGCACAGGUGAUCCAGAUCUGGUGUCUGAAGGCAGAAAAAGCUUUCCGAGUAUCCACUCUUCCUUUGCGUUUUCAGGCCUUGGAUUUACCACCUUCUACUUAGCUGGGAAGUUACACUGCUUCACGGAAAAUGGCCGGGGGAAGAGCUGGCGGCUUUGUGCAGCAAUUCUCCCACUCUACUGUGCCAUGAUGAUUGCCCUGUCACGUAUGUGUGAUUACAAACAUCACUGGCAAGAUGCUUUUGUCGGAGGGAUCAUUGGCCUCAUUUUUGCUUAUAUUUGCUACAGACAACACUACCCUCCUUUGGGUAAUACAGCUUGUCACAAAUCUUACGUCAGCCUGCUAGAUCAGAACUCUGUGAAGAAAGAAGAGAGACCCACAGCAGAUAAUGCUACUGGCCUGCCUCUGGAGGGAAUAACUGAAGGUCCUGUAUGA